AUUCAGACACACGCCACGCUGCACCUUCCUCGCUCUGUUCACUCACUAUCCCUCCUUCCCCCUCUCCUUCUCUCUCUCUUCUCGCCGAGAAUAGGAAGCAUUGAAGAAUGUCAACACCUCGGGUCCUCAUGCCUCUGGUGGUGGUAAUGGUGGUGAUGGUGGUGGUUGUGGUGGUGACGGAGGGAGCCACGGUACCCAUAAGGCUGACAGUGGCCCUGCAUAGCGGCGUCAACACCACGAUAACUUUCGCCACGGAGGAGGAGGCGCUGCACGAGAUGGGGAUAACUAGGGAGAUGAUGGAGGGCGCUCUGGCACACGCUGACGCCACUGGUUUGGUAAGAGAAGUGGUGGUAGGAGGGCAGCACAUCCCCCUGCAUCUCAACACGACCGCCUCCUACUUCAACAUGCUUGCUCUCAGGACCGUGGAUGGCAAGGACUGGCUCUUCUCCCCAGACAAUUACACUAACGCCUCUAUUCAUGACUUCGACGGUGAUCCCAGCCUGGUACCCCUGGAGGUAUCCUUGUCGUGGACUGUGCCCUUAGCCCUGCCACGCACCACGCCCCUGGACAUCGAACUCGCUUCUGGUCUCACACACGCCUCAAUCAGACUUGGGGACCGCCUGGUACUUUCUUUACAAAAUGGAAAACGGAGAAACAACGUUACCAAAACAUCAAAAUCAUCUUCCCAAACUACAACCUCUCCUACAAUAACAUCCUCCUCCUCCUCCUCCUCCUCCUCCUCCUUCAAACCAACAUCGACCCUUGGCUUAUUGGUGACGUUGCCGCCUUUCUCGGGAUGUCACCUUCGCGUUGUCAACCCCCACACUGGCCGCGUCACUCUGGCCCGCUAUUUCAACACCCAAGACCACCUUUUCGACAUGGAGCUGAGCCGGGUUCUCGCCAGCCUGAAGGAGGGACGGCUGGCGCUCCUUGCCUCCUACCAUGAUGUCUCAGGACGCCUUGGAAACGACGCCCGUGACGCCCUUCACGCUCUAGGGUCAUGGGCGGCUCCGCAUCUCGGGUUUAAGGACGCGUGGGCGUGGGCGUGGGUGGUGGGCGGCUCCACGCUCGCAGAGGCCUUAGUGACCAACGCGCAGGGCAUCCUCACUCAAUCCAACCCCCUCACCCUCCACCUCAGCCUCCCGCAGCCCUCCCCGUCAGAGAGAUUCUGCAACACGUGGCCCUCUGGUGACCUGUGGGAGAAGCGACGAACCCUCUGUGACCUCCACGACGGUUUCAGUGACCUGUGCUCGUGUGACCUUCCUUAUCCAGUACCGUCUGAGGUCACUACCACCACCACCACUACCAAGCCGGCGUGGUGGCGGGGACGCGUGGCGGUGGUGGUGGUGGCAGCUGACAGGCCUCAGUAUCUGUAUAGACUGUUACGGCAGCUCUUGGGGCAACCCGGCAUGACCCCUGACCUAGUGUUGGUGAGCGUGGACGGGGACAACGAAGGCGCGCAGGCCAGCGCGGGCGUGGCUGAGGUGUUGGGGCUAAGGCACUUAACACAUCGCAGCGAGCAGGGUACCGCCUACCACGUCUCCCCAAGGAUCUCCAGGAGUCUGAGGUUCGCGCUGUUCAAGGCCCUGGAGACCUUCCCCCUCGAGAACAAGUUUAUCAUCCUCGAGGACGACCUUGUGCUGGCUCCUGACUUCCACUCGUACAUGCAGCAGACAUCGGCACUACUAGAGACCCCGGAGGAGGCUGUGUACGCCGUGUCCGCCUUCUCCCACCUGGCCGCCCCGCACACUGCCCACGACGCCACCCGCCUGCAGAGAGCCACUACCUUCCCCUCCUGCGGGUGGAUGACAACGCGCUCUUUCCUGGAGGAGACGCUGCCGAAGUGGCCCGAUGCACAUGUGGGCACAGACUGGGAUUACUGGAUGGGGACGGAGGUGGUGCGUGGUGGGAAGGAGUUGAUACUACCGGAGGUGCCUCGUACAACCCAUGGCGGUACCCUCGGUUCUCAUACGGAUGGCGCCAUGGCACGCUGGUUCAAAGAGCGCCCUCUCACUUCCCUGCCGCACACCACACUGAACCUGACGGCUGUUAGCCGUAAGGUGUUUGAGGAUCAAGUGUUACAGGAGCUGUCCAUGGCACAACCUUUCAUCAGCACUCAUUUAAAAGCCCCAGACUCUUCUGCUCAUGGUCAUCUCAGCAUUCCCCUCCACCAGGAUGGGUCGGUAUGGCUGGUGCGGGUGAGGAUGCAGCAUGCCGAGGACAGUCCUGCCUUCAGAAUCAUGGCAAAGGCCCUCAAAGUGUGGCAUGAUGAUGCUCGUAACCACCACUUUGGCCUGUGGAGGAUCCCCUACCACAACGUUAUGCUGUUGGUGGUGGGUGUGCCCUUCUCUAGGUACAGCAACCGUGUGAAGGGCAAGGGCCGGAUUGUGCAGGCAACACCAGCUGGCAUGGCCUUCCUGUUAGAUGAAGGAGACAGUUUGGAGGGAGUCACCUUACGGCCACACUACCCACUUGAAUUCAUGCAGAUACUGGGAUUUCACUGAUGAAAUAAAAACUAGGUGUGGGUGAUCCUGAGUCCAAUGGAGGAAGAGUUUCACCACAGCAACAAGCACUGCAGGAGCCCUCGACAGCAGUAACUCAUCCAGUGCAUUCAGCAGGAGAAUCAGCUCCUCCUCUGACUUUGGGGAAUAUCUUAAGGAUAGGAAAUGAUAAAUUGCAAUUGAUAAUGAACAUAUAUAACUGGUUAGGCAUAUAUAUUAUUAAUUUCUUCCUUAAUACUGCAUGUUUUUUCUUUGUUGUACAUUAAAAACCCAUACUAGAGUUAUUAAAAUAAAAAACAUCUGGACUUUACUUCUGGUUGUAUCAAUAAAAAUUAGCUAUAUGAAAGACCAAAAACCUCCAGAAACCAAAAUUUUUUUCCAUAGAUGUCUUUUGCCACCAAAACCAACAAAAGUAAGUAGAAACUAAUGUUUCAUUGCAUCACAAAACUAUUUAUAUUUAGAUUAAUUAAAUAAUAUAUCUAACUCCAUGAAUCUGGAAUCAAUGUGUUUGAAUUAAUAUAGCAGAUGGCUUUUCACAUAUGUGGUAUAUGAAGUAUUGUGUCCCAAACACCUAUCACAAAAGCCAUUUGCUCAAACCACAAACACAUCUUAAAUCCUUAUCUGCUCCCUCAACUUAGAAUAGCAUAAUUCAUAUAAACCAACCUGAGCAAGAUGGUCAGCACAUAAACAGCAUUGCACUCAGAAAACUGCAUGAUCCUGCUCAAUAGAUAGUGGGCUAUGUUCUUAUUGACCACAAUGCCACCUUCUGUCUGUAAUAUGUGAUCCAGGGCCAGGAUGCAGUUGGUGAUGACAAUGGGGUCAGAGUCACGCAGUCCAUCAUAAAGGGCAUCAGUCAGCCCACACUCUAGAAUCGCCUCUGGAGCAUGGUCAAAGAGCUUCACACACCCUAGUGCCCCACACCGCCGCACCUGCAGAAAGCCAAUAUUCACACUAAGUGAAUGUAACCAAAAAUAUGCAUGGAUAAACUUAAUUUUACUACUUCAUACAAUGUUUCUGGCUAUCUCUUCUUAUCUGUAACUGUCAGUGUCUUCAAUAUAAAUGAAUCCAUUGCUU